UGCAAAGGCGCAAACGUCGCAGCUCCCCCGCCUCGAUUUUCCCCUGCAGCAGCUGCGCCGCGCUCUCAGUUUCACUCUUGCCGAGAAGAAAGGACAAACAGUCAGCAGUCUCGCUCAGACCGUCCUGCACCAGCAGCAGCACCGCUCCACCUUCCUCAGUUUCGUGUUCGCAGGUGCAGCUUCCUAGUUUCCGUCCCACGGCGCGACCUACCCCUCUGCAAUGGUGCCAUCGAAGGUGAUCGUGCUGCUGGCGCUAAUCACGUGUUCCUGCGUCUACGCGGCGCCCCAGGGUCGGCAGUCGCGUCUGCAGCAGCGCCAACAAGACGCGGACGACGAACCUGUGGCGGACGACACCACCGGAUCGACGGACCUUGAAGAGCUGGAGAACGAGAUCGCCGAGGCGGCGGCGGCCAACUUGGCCGCGAGGGCCAUCAAGCUGGAGCAGCGACUCGAGGACGAGAUCCUCGAGGCGGCCGUGCUGAACCUGAAAGACCCGGACGUGGACCGACGUCAGCGACGUAUGCAGGAGCUCGGCGAGAUGGUCAAGCGCGACAAACGCACCGUUCAGGCCAUCACGGGCCUGCUCGGCGCCAGCAGUUCCGCAGCGGGCACUUUCGCACAAGGCGCCGGCCAAGCCAGUUUGACUUUGGCGCAGGGCGCCGGAACCGCGGCCGUGAGUGCUGCUCAGGACAUUGCGGCUCGCGGCUCUUCGGCCACGGCGCUCGUCGGUUCGCUCAUCUCCAGCGUGCUCGGCGCCAGCAGCUCGGCCGCCUCCGGAACGGCCACGGCCAUCGGCUCCCGAGUUCUUGGAAUUGGCGGAGCUGCGGACCCCAAUGCCGCUCCCGCCGACCCUGCCGCGGGUGGUGCCUUCAGCCCCCUCAGAUUGCUCAGUGACUCUGUCUCCGCCGUUCUAAGGGUCAAGUUCUCCAUUUUCCGGACGCUCUUCUCGCUCGUCAGCGGAGUCGCCGCGUCGUCCUCGAGCGCCGCCUCCGGAGCCUCCGGCGCCGCAGCCUAAAUCUGCGCAGACCACCAGACGCGCCCUAGCUCGACCCAGCGCUAAUUUAUUAGAUUCGAUCGAUAUUUGUAAUUAUAACCGCGAUUGUGUCGCUCAGGGCGCUCGUCUCUUGUCCAUCCUCAUCGGCGUUGAUACGAAUUUGUUUUUGCUCAACGCCCAAGUGAUGUGUGUGAUCAAUUUUUACUUAAACUCGCUCCAUUAUCCUCUCAUCGUCGUCGACCCCCGGAGAUGUAAAAUUAUUUAUCUUUAAUUCCCCGCAUUGCAUAGUCAGCCUCGAUUUUUUUUUCAAAUGCUUAUAUAAAUUCAGCUUUCAGUUUAAGGGAGAAAUGUUUGACGCGCACGUAUGUCGACUGUGCCGCGAUGCCAAUGUAUUUAAGUUUUGUUUAAGUUGUCUUUGUAAGAGAUUUUAAGGAGAACGUGAUUUUUUUUUGUUUUUUGAGCAUCAUUAUAAAUAAAUUAACCACUUGUUUUGCUAAAAAAAAAUGA